UUAAGCAGCACGAGGUGAGAGAGGAUGAGCGGCUCGGGAAAGGGAUUGCUGGGCAUGUGGCUGUACAGGAGGGACGAGGAGUGGACGGUCAAGGAGGGCAGUCCUCUGCACAAGCGCCACGACGUGAGUGAACGAGACAACAAAGUGGUAAUAUAUUAACCCGUGUUUGUUGGUCAUACGAGUGUGAUGAACGUAUAGGUGGCGAGGGUCGAGAAUAAGGUGCCGGGCGACAACGCUACCAAUUCCGUGGUCUUCUCCUUGAAGAACCAAGUUGGCGGGCUCGCCCGAGCGCUACAAGUUUUUCAGGAUCUCGGGGUGAACGUGGUGCACAUAGAGUCGCGGAAAUCCAUGCGCCGGGACUCGGAGUACGAGAUCCUCGUGGACGUGGAGUGCGAUCCCAGGCGAAUGGAGCAGUUGACGCGGAUGCUCGGCCGCGAGGUCGCUGCCAUCAAUCUCGCCCAGUACGAGCAGAUCGGUAGCGUGCCCCACCCACCGCUUUCGGCCGCCCCGAGCUUUGAUUUCAGCGAAGUGGACAUGGUCUGGUUUCCCCGAAAGAUAGCAGAUCUGGAUAGGGCUCAAAAAGUCCUGAUGUACGGCACGGAACUCGACGCCGAUCAUCCCGGUUUCAAGGAUCCCGUCUACCGCAAGCGCCGCGAGCAAUUCGCCGACAUAGCCAACAACUACAAACACGGGAUGCCGAUUCCAAAGGUCAAAUACACGCCGGAAGAAAUCAAAACCUGGGGAACGAUUUUUCGCGAGCUCCAUCAUCUUUAUCAGAAGCACGCUUGCAAGGAGUUUCUGGAGAAUUGGCCGAAACUCGUCAAAUACUGUGGAUACAGAGAAGACAAUAUACCGCAGUUGCAGGACGUCGAUGCUUUUCUGAAAAAAAUGACGGGUUUCCAACUGCGACCGGUCGCCGGUUACCUGUCGCCGCGUGACUUUCUGGCGGGACUGGCCUUUCGCGUCUUUCACUGCACUCAAUACAUCCGCCACUCGUCCGACCCUUUCUACACACCCGAGCCGGACUGCUGUCACGAGCUCUUGGGACACAUGCCGCUGUUGGCCAACCCGAGUUUCGCGCAAUUCUCGCAAGAGCUCGGCCUCGCCUCUCUCGGCGCGUCCGAUGUGGACAUCGACAAGCUGGCGACCCUUUACUUCUUCACCGUGGAGUUUGGACUGUGCAAGCAAGAAGGGGACCUACGGGUGUACGGGGCUGGUCUACUGUCGUCGAUCGCCGAACUGAGACACGCGGUCGCCGCGCCGGAGAAGACGCUCCCGUUCGAGCCUGACGUCACUGUUAAGCAGGAGUGUAUUAUCACCGCCUUUCAAAACGCGUACUAUUACUCGGACAGCAUCGAAGAAGCCAAGGAAAAAAUGAGGCAGUUCGCGAACCAAAUAAAACGGCCAUUCGGGCUGCGGUACAACCCGUACACGCAGUCGGUGGAGGUGUUGACGGACGCGCAGAAAAUAACGGCCGUGGUGAGCGAGCUCCGGGGCGACCUGUGCAUCGUGUCCAACGCCUUGCGAAAAAUCCACGAGCAAGACGACAGCGUCAACGUCGAGAAGAUCACGAACCUGCUGACCCGGGGUAUCGACCUGCAACUCGAAACCGGUAACUCGUCGAGUUCCGCCAGCGACUCGGACGAUCUCGACAAGAGCCCCAAUCGCGACGACGAUCGCGAGCCUCGGCAGGCUCCCGGCUCCAUUAAAUAAGACCUUUAUACACUUGCACUAUUUACUUUUGCUCGUGCCAUAUAAUAUUACACAGUAUUUAUUUCGACUAUGAUAUAUAAAUAAGCUCUUUUUCCCCAAAAAUCAUUGCACAGUAUUAUUCACAGCCGGCGUACGAUUGGCUGAUUGUUUAUUUGGUAUGUAUUUUACACGGCGCACAUCAUGCGUGCAUACCUAUAGGUAUGUCUAGUCGGUUCAACGUUCAACA